AUUGUCCAUCCAUCCAUCCAUCCAUUUUCUGGUCGUCCUUGUCUCUGACCAGGGUUGCUGGUCCCCAUCUCCAGCUGUGUACCGGGCGAGAGGCGGGGUCAUCCUGGACAGGUCGCCAGUCUGUCGCAGGGCACUUUGCAUUGUCUAUGAGUGAAAACUGAAAUACUGCUAGUUUGAAAAUAUUUGUCACUGAUCAGUCAUAUCAUUCAUCCUCACAAAUUCUACAAAUUAAGAUAUGAUUCUUAUGAACCAUAAAGUCAAUGACUGCUUUCAACACUUUACAAAUUGUUUAGCAACCUAAUUAACCACAGCUUGACAGCAACAGGUACACUGUACAUUAUUUACUAAUAUAUACAUGAUAUUAAGUAUAUGAAUCAGAAUAAUCUUUACUGGCCAAGACUGUGCAUAAAGAGGGGAUUUUUCUCUAGUUACGACAAGUCCUUUAUAUAACAACUCUUUGAAGAACCUUAAAUAAUAUGAGCUACAACAUUUAAUUUCCCUCUGGGAUCAAUAAAGUAUUUUUGAAUUUGAACUGUUGUUCAGCACAGAAACAGUUGUGGAUUUUUCCAAUCCUUUUUUCCAAGCCAUUUUUGUUGAGCAGUGAAUCGCCAUUUUGUCUUAUUGACAUUUUGGACCUGGAAAACCACCUGGUAGUAUUCAUUUUUUUAAAUAAUAGAAAAUGAAUUACUUUAAUCUAAUUGUACUUUAUCUUUGUAAAAAACAAUUCUUAAAAUGUUUCAUUUUUCAAAUAACAUAGGUGGUCAUAAAUCUUAUGGACGACCAGAGAUAUGAACCUCCCGCCUCCAAAAAGUCUUUGUAAGCAAUUUUUUUUCUUAACAGAAUAAUAUAGUGAUGUUCAAUAAAAGCACAACUGAAGCAAUGUAUUUUUGCUAAAGCACACAUUUCAGCUAGUUGUGUCCCUGAGUAAGAUCUGCUACUGUAACAUAUAACCCCAUCGGUAAAGUCUGGAACAUUCCAGAAGUCACAUGGUCAACACAAAGUUUUAUCAGUUUGACCCUCUAAAAGUCUUAGAAAGACCAAAAGUAAGUUCCUUCAUUUAUUUUUCUGUAAAUUUUAUAAUUCUUCAACUAUGGCUGAAAAGACAAAUCUCAACAUAUUUUGCUGCUGACCAAAUAAUAUUUUAGUUUUAAUUUGAUCAUUUUAAAGAGGCAGUUUUCUCAGCUGCUUUGUGUUAGCAAGGAUACCAUAUAGGUUUAUUAUUACAAAUAUUCAGUAUUAGAUUAUUUAUAUGAUUGCUAAGUAGUAUUGUUGAAAUUAGCUAAUUUCUUUAGAUUUGUGUUCAGUUUAAUGAUAAUAGUAAAUACUGACAGGAAACUAAGCCAUGACUUAGUCCUUAGAAAAGCAGCGGCUCCAUCAUACAAGACGUGAUACCAACCCAGAAAGGAGGGGAAAUUAUCUGGAGGGAGUUUAACAAAGACCUAUAAUCAUACAGGAAGAAAAAGAUCAAUUAUUUAAGUGUAAGAGAAAAAUGCAGAGCACGCAAAACAUUGAGAGACAUACCAUAAUAUGAAAGACAGAAAAGAAACUCACUUCUUCAAGCGUACUAAUUUUUUCCAUAGAUUAGAUGGAUGGGCUAGUUGGACGCCUAGCCCUGUUUUUUUUCUUCCAUCAUCCACUGCACACCUGGCAGUGUGGGACACAGAGAGUGGCAGUCACACUCCCAGUCCUUACGACUAGCUCUGCUAACUUUCUGUUCUCAGCUCAGUGUCUCAUACAAACCUGUUCGAGGUGAACACUUUACCGUGUGACACCGAAUACAGUCUAGUAGAAUUGAUAUUUUUAAUCUCAUGCUGAUAUCAACAAGGUGUCAUGCCUUAUACAGACCUCACUGACAAAGUCUGAAGUAUGCACCUUUAAAAUAAUUAUACAGACUCAAUAAUUAUAACAUUAUUCUAAUUCUACCAGAGGAAUCCAAGUCAGUGGGAGAAAUCCCAAACUGUGCUGUAAGGUUUGAUUCAAGCGGAAUAGUGCAGGAUGGCAAUGACCAGGCUAUCAAAAUACUACUAUAGCACUGACAUUUUAAAACAAUAUUGUCAUUGUACCUCUCUUGCAUGUUCCAUAUCAGGACCAGUUCGCUUUAUGUCCAAGUAAAAUAACUUGUAGGUGUUCACUCUUGAUAGAAGGGCAUCUUUUCCCAUAAAUGCAUCCUGCACCUCUGAUUGUCCAGAACCCUGAAAAGAAGUUUUCAGGAACAUCAGAAUGCCUUUAUUUUCUUUAUCUCAGCUUUGCUAUCCCACAAUCUAAUAAAUGAAAAUACAGAAAUCAGUAUGAGUUAGAUCAGCAUAUAUAUAAACACUAACUCUCAAAUCAAUUUCACAGCAUGUAAACUUUGGCUCUUCAGAAAAAUCAGCUGUAUGUCUGUUGGAUGUCCACAGUGUACAUAAGAAGUAGAUUUCUCAGUUUGUGGUGAUUGUGAUCCACCCAGCUGCUGAUGAUCUCUACCUGCAGGCUGCAAGCUGUUCUGUUUACCUGGGGUGGAGUUGUUAGCUCUGCCAGUUUCAAACAUCCUGGUCACAAGAAUACCAGUCUACCUAUACACACACACACAGGGUAAACACUCCUAUCAUCUGCUAAGUCUGUUAACCAGAUGGCAGUUGAUGAGCUUUGUUGUUAUUGGAGAACUUAGGGACCAGUAAAAUCUCUUUAAAUUCUCAUAAGUUAAGUCUUUAUGAUGAGAAAUGACCAUUUAAAUAAUGAUUUGACCAACAGCUUUGCCCUGAGUUUUAACAAAAUAAAUGAAAGAAGCUGAAAUGCAAAACACAUCAGAGUGUGAGGUUGAAAAGAGCGCAUGGCCAACCACAUGUUCCUUCAGUUUCACAUCAUCAGCAUCAUCAUUCCCUGAACAAAUACUUCAGCCAAUCAGCUGAUCUGACUGUUUUUCAGUUAAACUUUAUGUCAAACUGGAGCAGGUCUGAAAAUCUUCAGAUAAUCUGUCCUGAGACUAACAAUGGAUCCUAAACCAAGGAAGGAAAAGAAGAUAUUUGGCCUGAAAGUGAAGAAGAAGAAGAAAGACAGCCCUGACCUGGUCCUGGCAAACAAAGGAGCUGUGGACAUUGAGGUCGAGGCUUCCUCUGAAGCAUCUCUCCUACAGGAAGGGGAAACUCCAGAAGAACAGCCUCUCAUUAGAAGAGCAAUAAAACCAAACACAAAGAGGGCCAAACUUCAAACUCGCAUUCAGGACAGUGAAGGAAAACCAGAGAGCUUCCAGAUUGGCAUUAAUAUCACAGAAGCCAGACAGCUUGUGGGGGAAAACAUAGACCCCAGUGUGGUGAUUGAAAUUGGAGACGAGAAGAAACAAACAUCUGUCAAGGAAGGAACAAACGCUCCAUUUUACAAUGAGUAUUUUGUCUUUGAUUUCUUUGCCCAUAAAGAGAUCUUCUUUGACAAAGUCAUCAAGCUGACGGUUGUUCACUCAAAGAUGCUGAAGACGUUCUCUGUGGGCUCCUUUAAACUGGACGUUUGGACAGUCUACAAACAGCCAGGUCACCAGUUUGUCAAUAAGUGGGCAAUGUUGACCAAUCCUGGUGACAUUAGCACUGGUGUCAAAGGAUAUGUUAAAUGUGACAUCAGUGUCUCAGCUAAAGGUGAUGCUGUGCAGCCGGGACAAAAAGCAAGUGAUGCUGAAGAACAGAUAGAAAAGAACCUCCUGAUCCCAGAGGGGCUUCCUUCUGAACGGCCAUGGGCCCGUUUCUGUGUGAAGGUGUACCGAGCCGAAGGCCUCCCUAGGAACAACUCCAGCAUUAUGGCCAACGUCACAAAGGCCUUUAUAGGAGACAACACAGCACUCAUUGAUCCAUAUGUUGUCGUCAGUUUCUUCAAACAAGUGGGUCGCACAUCCACCCAGAAGUCUUCAGCAGACCCCGUGUGGAACGAGCAGAUCGUCUUCACUGAGAUGUUUCCUCCUUUGUGUCAGAGAUUAAAGAUCCAGGUCUGGGAUGAGGGGAGCAUGAAUGAUGUUGCCAUAGGAACCCAUUACUUUGACCUACGACGUAUCUCCAAUGAACAAGAUGGAGACAAAGGCUUUUUACCAACUUUCGGUCCUGCUUGGAUUAAUCUGUACGGCUCAGCUCGAAAUUUCUCUUUGGGUGAUGACACAGGGGAACUCAAUGAGGGCAUUGGCGAGGGAGUUUCCUUCAGGGGUAGGGUCUACUUAGAACUGACAGUAGAGAUCCUGUCUGGGGGCACAGGCUCAGACUCCAAACUCAGUCGGAUGAUUAAACCUGUCAAAGACACAAAAGCAGGAAAGGCUGGUGGAAAGGAUGCCAAGUCUUCUGCUGGAGGCGGAGCAGGAGGAGGUACAGGGGCAGCUGAUGACGACAAAGGCAAAGCAGGAGCAGCGGAGGUCCUGCCUGUUGAUCCUCCUCCGGUGCCAACUGAAGAUGAAGAGACCUUCCUGCUUUUUGGUGCUUUGUUUGAGGCCACCAUGAUUGACCGUAAGAUUGGAGACAAGCCCAUCAGCUUUGAGUUCUCCCUCGGUAACCAUGGCAAUGUCUUGGAGUCUUCCGCCCUACCAAGUAUUGCCAGUCCUGCAGUGACUCGGAGGAGAAAGGUGCUGGACAUCCCGGACAGCAGUGACAUUUUUGGCUCCUCCCUCACCAUCCCAUCCUCACCCCUCCUCCCCAAAGAUCCCUCUGAUUCAAGUGGAGCCUCAAAAUCUGCUACACCUCCGGAGAAACCACUCAUCGUCGAGGGAAACAGACAUUACAUGUACUUACCUCUGGAGAAGAAGAAGCCCUGUGCUAGUGUUGUGAGCUCCUGGGAGGACAGAAGCUACCGGCUCUACAACUCCAACAUGCUGGAAAAUAUUGCUGUGCAGUUUGAGGAGGGCGUGUGUGUUGCUGCUGACCUUCAUAAGAAGUUGGACCCAGCAGCUGAGGCAGCUUUAAGAACUGAGCUCAGAGAGUUUUGUUUGAAUGCCAGGAAUUUUAUUGCCGCUGCGGAGGCCAAACUGAAGGCAGAGCUGAAGAGCAGCUACCUGACAAUCCUGGACAAGAAACGUUUGACCAUGUGCAAACAAGAGCUGGAGAGUAUGAUUGGAGAGGCUGAGAUGCUGGGAGAGAGGAAAACAUCAGCAAGAGGAGUGAAAGAAAUGCUGCAAGACGCAACUAAGUUAGCACAAAAACUACGUUUUCUUGUGGAGGAGCCCCAGCACACAGUCCCAGACAUGUUUGUGUGGUUGCUAAGCAAUAACAAACGUGUUGCAUACGCCAGACUUCGAACCAGAGACCUGCUUUACUCCAGCAACCGAGAGGCCAGAGGAAUUCUCUGUGGGAAGAUAGUAACACUGUACCUGAAGCCACCAGGGAAGCGACCUGCAGCAUUGUCAGUCCAAGCCAAGCUGGAUGUGUAUCUGUGGUUUGGAGCUUGCUCAGACUCCAGCCAUAUGCUGGAUGACCUGCCUGCAGGAUACAAACCAGCCACAGGGGGCGCCGACAGCAACAGCCCUCCUUCUUACCUGCUUUGCAUGGAGCAGCACAGGUUCCAGCUGCGGUGCCACAUGUAUCAGGCCCGAGGUCUGAUCGCUGCAGACAACACGGGGCUGUCCGACCCAUUUGCGCGAGUCACGUUUCUCUCACACAGCCAAACCACCAAUAUCAUCAGUCAGACUCUCAGUCCUACAUGGAACCAUUGUUUGCCAAUGAGCUCCCUUCUGUUAAGUGGAGACCUGCAGCACAUCCAGGAGGAGCCUCCUCACGUUGUUGUCGAGGUUUACGAUGAUGACGCUCUGGGAAAAGCAGAGUACCUGGGAGCCACAGUGGCAGUCCCUGAGGUGCGCUUGGCCUCUGAGCCCUACACCCCCCCUAUUCUGCAGUACAGCCCACUUCACUGUGGCAGCCAGUCAGGAGGAGACCUGCUGGCUGCAUUUGAACUGCUGCAGAUUUCAGAGUUUGGCCAGAUGAGUCUGCCAGAGUUAGAGGAACAGGAAGGAGGCAUUUAUACUGUUCCUGCCAACAUCAGGCCAGUUCUCAGCACCUACAGGCUGGAGGUUUUGUUCUGGGGACUGAGGGAGCUGAAGAAGGUUCAGCUGCUGUCUGUUGAUCGGCCACAGGCGUUCAUAGAGUGUGCAGGUAAAACUCUGCGUUCCUCAGUCAUCCAGAAAUACAAAUCCAACCCAAACUUCACUACACUGUUAGAUGCCAUAGAGCUGGAGUUACCAGAGAACGAACACCUCCAUCCUCCUCUCAGCAUCACAGUCGUUGACUGGCGGGCCUUUGGCCGCAGCACACUGGUUGGAAACCACAUCAUCAACAACCUCAAGGCCUUCAAGUACUCUCCCCCUGCCUCUCACACAGUUCAGUUACACAAACCACCUGAGGUCACACACACCCCAAGACCCUCCCUGACACCAGAGCCACACAGCGUUAAGGGUCUGUCUCAGGAUAUAGAGACCCGUUCAACUGUGACCCUGACUAAUCAGGACUUCCUCAUUACUGUGGAGGAUGAAGCUCCGCCUCCAGCUCCACCCACACCAAAACCACAAGCCAAGAAGAAAAUGGAGAGGGGCUCAAAGAGCAUCCACCGGUCCACUAAGAGGAGGAGGCGAACCAUCGCUGAUGAGUCUGCAGAGUCCGUCAUUGACUGGUGGUCCAAAUACUACGCUUCUGUGGACAAACAGGCUAAACAGAAGGACAGCUUCCAUCUACCCAGUGUGUUUGACAAAGCUUCACCAUACCAAAGCUUGCUCAGCGAUGGAGUAGACUCUUUGGUCAGCAGCCAAUCAGAUGGAGACAAGAAGAAGAAACAGAAAGGAAAGGAGACACUGGUGCUCAGCUAUAGCUUACCUACUAAAAUCGCAACACUCCAGCUGUACAGUAAGGAGCUGGAGGCACAGUUUGGUCCAUUUGAUGACUGGGUCAGCACAUAUGAGCUGUUCAGGGGGAAGGCCAAUGAGGAGGAGGGAACGUCUGAGGAGAGGUUUGUUGGGAAGUUUAAGGGUCGAUUCUGUCUCUACAAGGUAAAUGAUGAAGAUGAGGAGGAUGGGGAAGAUGUCAUGGACACAGGCCACUACAGGGUGAACAGAGGAAUCCCACCAAACUCUUCAGUUCAAGUUCUCAUCCGGGUUUAUAUCGUCUCUGCAUCCAACCUGCAUCCAGCCGACCCAGAUGGGAAAGCCGACCCUUACAUUUUUCUUCGCCUUGGGAAAAAUGAAAUCAAAGACAGAGAUAACUACAUACCAAAACAACUGAACCCUGUUUUUGGACGAUCCUUUGAAAUGCAGGCCACAUUUCCUCAGGAGUCUCUGCUGUCGUUGCUCAUUUAUGACUAUGAUCUGGUGGGAGGCGACGACCUGAUUGGAGAGACUCGCAUUGAUCUGGAGAACCGGUUUUACAGCAGGCACAGAGCUACAUGUGGACUCCCUAAGGAAUACAGUCUAGGGGGUUAUAAUGCCUGGAGAGACUGCCUGAAGCCAUCAGAGCUGCUGUCAAAGAUGUGCAGAGACAACGGAGUGGACGGUCCUCAUUUCAGUCCAGGACGCAUCAUCGUGGCUGACAAAGUCUUCACAGGGAAGACUCUCUACAUGCACGACGAUGAGCCGGUGGAGUCGUAUGAGCACCUGUCUCUGAAGGUCCUGCACCGCUGGGCAGAGAUCCCAGCUGUGGGAUGCAAACUGGUACCAGAACACAUCGAGACCAGAACUCUGUACAACAAGGCCCGGCCUGGAAUGGAUCAGGGUCAGGUCCAGAUGUGGGUGGACAUGUUCCCAAUGGACUUACCACAUCCAGGACCCCCAGUGGACAUUUCUCCAAGAAAACCAAAAGGGUACGAACUGCGAAUCAUCAUCUGGAAUACAGAAGAUGUGAUUCUGGAAGACAGUAACUUCCUGACCGGUCAACAGUCCAGCGACAUCUACAUCAAAGGCUGGCUGAAAGGUUUGGAAGUUGACCGCCAGGAAACUGAUGUCCACUACAACUCACUGACUGGAGAGGGAAACUUCAACUGGCGCUUUGUGUUCCCCUUUAGCUACCUGCCUGCUGAACAGGUGGUGGUGGUGAAGAAGAGAGAGCACAUCUUCUCCCUGGAUAAAACGGAGCAGAAGCUUCCUGCCAUCCUCAUCCUGCAGGUCUGGGACUUUGAAACACUCUCUUCUGACGACUUCCUAGGCACGCUGGAGUUGGACCUCCAUGCAUUUCCCCGUGGAGCAAAAACAGCCAAGUCCUGUAAGCCUGACAUGUUGACAGAAGUGACAGACAGAAUCUCCAUCUUCCAGCAGAAGAGAGCUCGAGGCUGGUGGCCUUUCAGCAAGUCUGGAGAGCUCACGGGAAAAGUGGAGGCAGAGUUCCACCUGGUGACAGCUGAAGAGUCUGAGAAGAAUCCUGUUGGCAAAGCGCGGAAAGAGCCGGAGCCACUGCCCAAACCAAACCGUCCCGACACGUCCUUCUCCUGGUUUGUCAACCCUUUCAAGUGUUUUUUCCACCUGGUGUGGCGCAACUACAAGAAGUACAUCAUCAUCGCCCUGGUCCUGCUGAUUACUGUGCUGUUCCUGGCCCUGCUGUUCUACACCCUGCCAGGAGCCAUCUCUCAGAAGAUUGUCAGCGGAUAACACCGACUCAAAAUACAUUUACUUGGAGAAGCAAAAGGUGAAUAUUCAGCCCCAUCAGUCUGACUUGUGUGAUGUAAAAAUUUAAACUGAUGUCUCAAACACCCAGAGGCAAAAGCCUGCUUGACUGCUGGUGUAGUUUAGCAAACUCAGAACAGAACAGAACAGAACCUUCAGAGUAUCAUGACAAGGAACCGUCAUGGAAGAAAAGUGGAAAACCUUUUGCUGGCUCAGGUAAAAUGAAUGAGCCCUGCUUUUUUGUGUUCUGACUCCAUGUUUUGUACAAACUAACUCCACAUUGCAGGGAAUAAUAAUAAUAACACUGGUUUGCACUGGGAAAGCUCUUGAAAUGAACAAAGAGCACAUAGUUGGAGA